AUGAAACUCUAUAAGAGCUCCGAAACUGGCAAAAUAGCUUCUCAGCUUCGCAUUCAGUCUAUACUCUCGCCUACAGACCCAGAGGGUGACAAAGGAUCCAACGCAUCUCCCAAGGCUUCAGCAACUUCAAAAAGAAAGAUCGAAGAAUUAUCCUCAGCCCAAGAGGGCACGCCACCGGCGUCAAUCUGGCAUACUCAAGAUGAAGAGCAGCCUAGAGCUGACGCCGGUGAUGAUAACUCUCCGGGUAGAGUCACGCCAGCCACCUCUGAUAAGAAGGCUGGAAGGAGAGGAUCACGAAUCCAACAACCGAUCCGAUCUAGCAUUGCUUGUCUGAGAUGUCGGAGAUCGAAGAUCAAGUGUGACAAUGAUGGCGGCAACAGCCCGUGCGACACGUGUGUUAAAGGAGGACAUCAGUGCCAAUAUCCAGAAGCAGUUCCUCCUCCACCAAAACGAAACGAUUCCCCGACAACAGGGAAACCCGAAAAAGAACCACAGCAGGAGAAGAAGCGAACGAGAAAGGGAGAUGAUAUACCCAAAUGGAGCAGUGAAAGAUCAGCAGUAUACGCAGCCGGAGUUCUCUCAUAUCCAUUUUUAACGACGGAACUAUGGGAUCAGUUGCUCAACAUUUACAAACUACACUAUGCCACAGAAUUGCCCUUUCUUCACUUGCCGUCUAUGAAGGAGAAAAUGAGCAGCGGAUCAGGUCAGGAGAAUGAGGAUUCAUCAGAGCCGAACUUGGUCCUGCUUGGUAUCUUGAUGCUUACAGCACGUUUUCACCCCGAUCUGGUACGAUAUGUGACGCAUUUACCAAGUCAAAACAGCUCAGGUUCCCGACCAUCCACCUCAAAAACCAAGUCUGGGCCGUUGUACGCCUCGGAAUUCUUUGCGACUGCACUUACAACAGCUCUGGGUCCCCUCAGGACAGUCAUGGAUACUCUCACGAUUGAAAGAAUACAGUGCUUCCUGAUGCUUGGAUUAUUCGAGUGGAGCCAAGAGAACAACUCCAGUGCUUGGAUGUAUCUUGGGGUAGCCAUUCGCAUGGCCAAGUUGAUGAGACUAGAGCAAGAUGACCGGCGAAUGGCUAUACUGGAAAACCAAGCGCCUGACACAAAACGAUUUGAGAAGAAGUCACCGGAGAUAGCGAUAAUAAGAGAGACGCGGAGACGGACGAUGUAUAGCUGCUUUAUUCUGGAUCGUCUGAUGAGCUGCGGGAGUGAGCGACCGCUGAGUAUUGCAGUCGAGAGCAUGUUGAUCCAGUUGCCAUGUUCUGAGAUGGCCUUUGAUCUGUCUCUUCAAGUCUACACUGGACUAUUACAACCCCACGAAGGAUCCAGUCAGCCUCAGAUCAACGAUAAUAGCACGUUAAGCCGACUUGCCAAGUUGGUUGAGAUAUGGGGCGAGAUUUCGAGGUACAGUUCGAUCGGUGGCCGGUUACAAGACACGCAUCCCCCGUGGAACCCCAGAUCGACUUUCUAUAAGUUACGAGAGAAGGUGAUUACGUUCGGCAAAGAUCUCCCCGACACUUUCACAUUAUCUCGACAGAAUUAUUACCGGCACGAUAAUCACCAGGCUACCAACACCUACGUGUCGCUACAUAUGCUGGCCUCAGUUUGCCAUAUUGUUCUCAAUCGAGAAUAUCUUCCUUUUCUGCCCCUGCGAUGCCGUGGGCCUCAUGGGACCCCAAUGGUCAACCAAACUGUGCUCAACUUUGCGCCAGAUCGGUUCUGGGAAGAGAGCGCAGAAGAUGUCUUCCAAUCGUCUCGUAGCAUAAUCGAUUUGGUUAGUGUCAGCAAAGAAAAGCUGCCUUUGUCCUCGUUGUCGAUAUUCUCCCUCUGGCUCGCUGGGUUCAUUUCUAUUUACGCUCACCAUUUUCCGCAGAUGGAUACGAGCCAUCGAUCGAGGAGUGAACAGGCUGAGAGUCCACAUGCGGGGGGGACUUUGAGUAUACUCGAACAGGGGCAGGCUGGGACAGCAUGCCAGGCAUUGCGAAGAGCUGUAACUUACUUGCCCAGCGCUCAAAGAUACCUGGAUAAUCUUGAGGCGGUAGAUCGGUAUUUUGCACUGGCGAAGAACUCGACGCAGGGAUCACUCAGUCUGAGGCUUGGCGGAGUUGGCAACGGUGGCGAACCCAACCAGACAAGAUCGCAAGAUAAGCAACGACGAGAAGUAUACGAUACGCACCGCAAAAAUAUAAGUCCCAUGUCAGUGUCUCUGGAAAUGAUGAACUCGCCCCGACCCAUGCUGGAGGAACCCCCCAAGCCCAACUCUUCAACGGCAAAGAGCCAGCUCUCGCUGCCUGGGAUUGACGAAGGACCAUUAGCGAUGGAUACACCAAAGCUCUUAUUGGACAAUAUUGAGACAUUGGAGUCGGAACGGAUGGGUUGGAUAUUGAAUGAUUUGGAAGGUUUCUCGGGCGCGGGUUCUUUGAGGGUUACCUUGCCAAAAUAG